CGGACGCGCAGAAACCAGCGCCUGCGCGUGCGCUCUGUGCAGGCAGCGGCCCACGGCUUGUCACCGAGCCUGGCGACUGCAAGGCGGCGGGGGUCCCAGGGCUGCUGGGGCCGAGUCUAUAGCGUGAGGCGUCCUUGAGCUGAGAGGACCAUGAACCGCAGUCGGCAGGUGACGUGCGUGGCCUGGGUCCGCUGCGGCGUGGCCAAAGAAACACCAGACAAGGUAGAACUUAGUAAAGAAGAAGUAAAACGUCUCAUUGCUGAAGCCAAGGAAAAAUUACAAGAAGAAGGUGGCAGUGAUGAAGAGGAGACAGGCGAUCCUUCGGAAGAUGGCAUGCAGAGCGCACGUACCCAGGCACGACCAAGAGAGCCCCUCGAAGAUGGUGACCCAGAGGAUGACAGGACGCUGGAUGAUGAUGAGCUGGCUGAGUACGACUUAGAUAAAUACGAUGAGGAAGGCGACCCAGAUACUGAAACUCUUGGUGAAUCUCUCUUGGGUCUUACAGUCUAUGGAAGUAAUGAUCAAGAUCCUUAUGUUACUCUGAAAGAUACGGAGCAAUAUGAACGUGAAGAUUUCUUGAUCAAGCCCAGUGACAAUCUUAUAGUUUGUGGCAGAGCUGAACAAGACCAGUGCAAUUUAGAGGUGCAUGUUUAUAAUCAGGAAGAAGAUUCCUUCUAUGUGCAUCAUGAUAUACUGCUGUCUGCAUACCCUCUAAGCGUGGAAUGGCUGAAUUUUGAUCCUAGCCCAGAUGAUUCUACAGGAAAUUAUAUUGCUGUGGGAAAUAUGACCCCUGUUAUUGAAGUGUGGGACCUUGAUAUUGUGGACUCUUUAGAACCAGUCUUCACACUUGGAAGUAAGCUAUCAAAAAAGAAGAAAAAGAAAGGAAAGAAGAGUUCCUCAGCAGAGGGGCAUACCGAUGCUGUCCUGGACCUUUCUUGGAAUAAGCUGAUCAGAAACGUGCUGGCAAGUGCAUCAGCUGACAACACUGUAAUUCUGUGGGAUAUGUCCUUAGGGAAACCAGCAGCUAGCCUUGCUGUACACACAGACAAGGUCCAGACUCUGCAGUUUCAUCCAUUUGAAGCACAGACUCUGAUUUCUGGAUCCUAUGAUAAGUCAGUGGCUUUGUAUGACUGCCGAAGUCCAGAUGAAAGCCAUCGAAUGUGGCGAUUCAGCGGGCAGAUUGAGAGAGUGACUUGGAAUCACUUUUCACCUUGUCAUUUUUUGGCUAGUACAGAUGACGGCUUUGUAUAUAAUUUGGAUGCACGUUCAGAUAAGCCAAUUUUUACACUUAAUGCACACAACGAUGAAAUCUCUGGUCUUGAUCUAAGUAGUCAGAUCAAGGGCUGUCUUGUGACAGCAUCAGCAGACAAAUAUGUGAAGAUCUGGGACAUACUGGGAGACAGGCCAAGUCUGGUUCACUCUAGGGACAUGAAAAUGGGAGUUCUGUUCUGUUCUUCCUGUUGUCCUGAUUUGCCGUUUAUUUAUGCCUUUGGAGGUCAGAAAGAAGGGCUUCGGGUCUGGGAUAUAAGCACAGUCUCAUCAGUAAAUGAAGCAUUCGGAAGACGAGAGAGGCUUGUUCUUGGCAAUAUGAGAAGUUCAUCUAUUAGUGGCCCUUUUGGGAGCAGAAGCUCAGACACACCAAUGGAGUCUUAAUGUGGAGCAUAAAAUUUUGUUUUUUAUUUUUUAUUACCUUAACUCAGUUUUAAAAAGCUGACCUAGAAACAUCCCUGUGUAGCUACAGCCUUCAUUUCCUACUGCCAGACAUUCCUCUUCAGCUAUGGCAGCAGCACAAGCAGGGCUGGUCUUUGCGUUUGCCUUUUCAGUGUGUGGUGGUUAGGGCUCCUACUGCAUUUCUUGAAGAGGAUAAUAAAGAGGUUUUUAAAAAAUAAUUCCUUAAAUAUGCCAUGUGUCAUAGGUAACCUAUAGGUUUGUAAAAUAGGUAGUAAUUUGUGGAAUUUUAGAAGAAAAUCCUCUGAUCUUAAAAGAUGGGUAAACCCAGGCCUAGAAAGGCUGUGAUUUGGCCAGUGGAAUUGCUCUUUCCUGACUUGACUGUUUUCCAGUUAAUGUUCGUGACUUUAGAAAUGUUCUCAGUGCUACUCGUAAAGUUCAGUAACUAAAUUAAAAGUGGGAUGCCUCUUUUCCCCCAGCAUGGUAUUCAUCGUGAUCAAAGAAAAAAGAGACAUUACAUUAUGAUAAAGGUGUCAGUCCAACAAGAGGAUAGAACAUUCAUAAAUAUCAUAGGAGCACCUAAAUAAAUAAAGCAAAUGUUAACAGACCAGACCUAAAGGGAGGCACAGCAAUACAAUAGUAGCAGAACUUAAUAUCCCACUUUCAUCAAUAAAUAGACCGCUCAGACAGAAAGUCAAUAUGGAAACAUUGGCCUUUACAGACAUAUACAGAACAUUCCUUCUGAAAGGAACAGAACGCACUUCUUUUUCUCAAGCACACAUGGGAAAUUCUCCAGGAUAGAUCACAUGUACCACAAAAAGUCUAAAUUUUAGAAAAUCGAAGUAUCAGGUAUCUCUUCUGACCACAAUGGUAUGAAACUAGAAAAUUACAUGAAGCACACUGGAAGAUUUGCAAAUAUAUGGAG